GUGGUUUCACAGUGACAUCUGGUGGCCGGGAGGAGACUUUGCAUGUUAGCGUCGUGUUUGUGUUGAACUGAGACGCAGCUGCUGUUUAGGUUUGUUUACAAGACAACCAGAGUAAACACAGCCCUGAAUGCUGCAGAUCACAGGAUGGACUCCAGUGGGAAACCCUCAACUGCACAGGUGGUGGUUUUAGCCACCAGCUCGGCCCUGACUGCCAUCUUCUACUCCAUUUACAGGAGCAGAGCUACGACGGUUGCCAGAUUAAAGGAAGCAAAGAAAGUCUCAAUUGAUCAAGAUUUGAAAAACAUCCUGUCUGAAACACCUGGAAGAUGUGUCCCUUAUGCUGUCAUAGAAGGUGUGGUGAGAUCUGUGAAGGAAACUUUGAACAGCCAGUUUGUUGAUAACUGCAAAGGCGUUAUUGAGAGACUGACGCUGAAGGAGGAGAAGAUGGUGUGGAAUCGCACCACUCAUCUGUGGAACAGCACAGAGAAAGUCAUCCACCAGCGCACCAACACAGUUCCAUUUGGCCUUGGGUCUCAUGAUGAAGGUUUUGCCGACACAGUUCGGAUUAUACGACCAUUAGACGCUGCAGAAUUGGACCUGGAGACCACCUACGAGAACUUCCACCCCACAGUCCAGUCCUUGUCCAAUGUUAUCGGCCACUUCAUCAGUGGCGAGCGACCCAAAGGCAUCCACGAAACAGAGGAGAUGUUGCGUGUGGGAGACAGCGUCACUGGAGUCGGAGAGCUGGUCCUGGACAACAACCUGAUCAAGCUCCAACCUCCCAAACAGGGCUUCUGUUAUUUCCUCACCCGGCUGGAUUACGAGUCUCUCCUGAGGAGUCAGGGGAACAGUGUCAGACUGUGGAGGAUUCUGACCGUCAUGUUCGGCGUGGCUGCCUGUUCCAUGCUCCUCUUCAUCCUGUGGAAGCGAUACACGCACCACAGACAGAGUAAGAAGGAGAGGAGCAUGCUGGAGGAGUUCAAGGAGCAGCAGAGGAAACGAAUACGUGAACUGAACGUGGAGGAGAGCAGCGUGUCCCCCACCAGCUGUACUGUCUGCCUGAGCCGGGAGCGCUCCUGUGUGUUUCUGGAGUGUGGUCAUGUGUGUGCCUGCACUCAGUGCUACGAGGCCUUACCAGAGCCAAAGAAAUGUCCCAUCUGCAGGUCAGCUAUUGACAGGGUGGUGUCUCUUUACAACAGCUAAUGUGCAAAUAUCUUGUGAACAUAAACCUGGAAGUGGGAGUAUAUCAUUUUAAAGCCAUCUUCUCAGGCUUGAAAAGGGUCAAAUCUGCACUUCUUGUUGCAAUUAAUUUCGCUUUUAAACAAUAAGAGUCUCUGUGCUGAGUCAUGAUGCAAUCACAUUUCCAAUCAAAUCAAAUGUGGGAACUGUAAUUCAUCUGGACUGAGAAAAUUUAAUUUCUUCUGUCAUUGUGAGAGAGAAAUAAGAUCUCUUUGUCUGCAACUAACAAAACAAAUAUUGAUGUUACAAAUCUUGGCUCUGCUUCCUGACAACAAUCAAUCUGGAAGGUUAAGAGCAUUUUCUGAGAUUGUUAAAAAUACAGUAGAUCAGUUACAAAGUCUAAAUGUUGUGACACAAUGGAUAUUUUUCAGUGAGAAAACAAAGCCUACUGUUUAUUCUACAACUCAGCUUGUUGCUGCCAUUACUCAAAAUAAGCUGCCAUCUUUCUUCCUGCAGGACAAUGAUAGUGUAUAAAAAUGUCACAUGUUCAAGUGUUGUGUCACUGGUUCAAGUUUCAGUUUAUUACAUUUAUUUUUAAGUGACCUUGUACAAAAAAAACAUCAAUCUCUUCCAAAGAAAAGAGAUGUGUUGUCCCAGAGUUGGCUACUAGCUACUAUCCAUGUACAGUUUCUGGGCUGGCAGACACGGGGUAAAAGUCGACACUUAAAAAUUAGCAAAUGCAAUAAAUACUCUACUGAAACUUC